AUGACCGCAUCAUCCAUCAAACAACCGUCUCCGGUGGAGGAGCAGGAGAACCACCAUCACCAAGAUCAAGAAGAGUCACACAAAACCAAUAACAAGAAACGGGUUAGACCCGACCCGGUUUACCGAGGCGUCAGGAUGCGAACGUGGGGCAAAUGGGUCUCCGAGAUCCGUGAGCCACGCAAGAAGAGCCGUAUCUGGCUCGGCACUUUCUCCACCGCAGAGAUGGCUGCGCGUGCACACGACGCGGCUGCUCUCACCAUCAAAGGAGCCUCCGCCGUUCUCAACUUCCCGGAGCUCGCCACUUACCUUCCUCGUCCAGCUUCCUCCUCUCCACGUGAUGUUCAAGCCGCAGCCGCCGUAGCCGCCGCCAUGGAUCCCACCACCGUCGUCCCGGAAAUGCACUUGUCCUCAUCGAGUAGUUAUACAACGUCUACGUCGUCUUCGUUGCUGUCACCGUCGAGUGAAGAAGCAGCCUCAUCUACGGCUGAAGAGCUGAGCGAGAUAGUGAAGUUACCGAGUCUAGAGCCGAGUUAUAAUGAGACGUGGAGUGAGUUCAUGUACGUUGACAUGGAGUAUCCACCAAGUUCGCCUUGGUAUUUUAAUAACUGUUAUAGCUUUUAUUACCACCAUAGCGAAGAUAAUGGCACUUCGAUGGGUGAACCUUUUGAGUCUUCCAAUUUUGGACCCCUUUUUCCUUAG